AUGGCCACGGUGGCGGCUCGAGAUGGGACCACGCAGCCUCCUCUGGUCCUGGCUGUAGACCCGUGCCCUCUGCAGAUAAACCUGAUGUAUGAAGUCGUACCCUCCAUGGUCUGCUCCAUCUGCCUCGCCUUUGGACUCAUCUACUGCUUUCUGGGAUACCGCUGUCUAAAGAUGGUCCUCUUCUUCUCGGGUUUCCUGUUUGGUUCGGCCGCAGUACUGCUGGUUUACCACAGGGAGCCGGCUCUGGACUCCCACUUGAGCCUGGAGACGAGGGCGGGCAUCGGUUUGGGCGUGGGGGUCCUCUGUGGCCUCAUCACCAUGCUGGUCUCUGAAAUCGGAUAUAUACUGGGCGGACUCCAGCUGGGCAGCCUCAUAUGCCUCCCCAUCCUGGUGGUGGUUGGACACUUUUGGACCCUGUCUUCUGAGUGGGUGCCUGUUGGGUCGAUAUUGGCUUUUGGGAUCAUCAGUGCAGUUUUCACGCUCCUCUGGCACAAAGUGUUCAUGGUGCUGUACACCUGUGUCUGUGGGGCGCUGACAGUGAUGCUCUGUGUGGAUUAUGUUAUUGGGACGUUUGCGAUGCCCGAUCAGGUGUAUGAUCUCUUUGUACAUGGUUCGGGGCGGCCGCUGUGCUGGUUUGACUGGGCUGUCACUGGGCUCUGGCCUCUGCUGAGUCUUGUUGGAGGACUGGUGCAGUGGAAGUGGACUGCGAGGGAACUAUUGCAAAAAGAAGCUCUUCAUAAGAAACAGAAGAAGCCAAAGCACAAGCACUUUGUGCAGAGAGGAAGACGGUCCCACUGCAAACGCAGACCUCCACCACUCAAGCGAUACGCAGGCGACGUGCUGGCUCCGAGUUACCUGCAGAGUCUCCAGGAGCGGCGCAUGGGCACUGGCUCGUCCUGCAGUAGUGUCAGCACCAUCACUCACACACUCAUCGACUUUGACUUUGAAACAGGCUCCAUGGUUCCUCUCACCUCCUCCCCACCGCUCUACACAGUCUGA